GUCAGUCCUACGGAGUGGGCAGAGCGCUCUCCAACUCGUCUACAGUAAUCCGAGGGGAUUGCGUUCGUAUGUUAACUCGCCAAACGAUAGGUGUAAAAUGGUUAAAUCGAAUGAACAACGGCACGAUUUUUGUUAAAAAAAAAGGAUAAUUUGCAAAAGGGGAAUCACUCCACGGCGUCCUCUACUUAUUUUACAGUAGUGGCGGAGUACAGAAGGAAGUUAGAAUAACUCGAGCGAACAAAAGCAGACGUUGACGGAGGAGUUCGCUUUCGCCGAGUUCAGAGGACGGGACGUGAUGGCUCGGAGGAGGAAUUAAGGUCGCGUGGUUUAUAUUCUCCGGGUUUGGACCGAGCGAGGUGGCUCAGGAGCCCGUUAGCUGACCAGUUACGGAUGUCGUGGCUUGUAAGGCGGGGCGUGCCGCCCUUGCCCCCCGUGGGGGUCACUGUGGCCCCCACAGGACCCAACAUCUCCUGGUUCCCAGAGUCUCCCCUUCUGAGCCCGGACCAGCCCACCUUCCUCAUGACCACAGCGGCCCAGGCCAUCUCCGGCUUCUUCGUCUGGACCGCCCUAAUCAUCACCUGCCACCAGAUCUACAUGCACCUGCGCUUCUACCGCGCACAUGAGCAACGGCACAUCGUGCGCAUCCUCUUCAUCGUCCCCAUCUACGCCUUCGACUCCUGGCUCAGCCUCCUCUUCUUCACCAACGACCAGUACUACGUGUACUUUGACACUGUGCGGGACUGCUAUGAGGCGUUUGUGAUUUACAACUUCCUGAGUCUGUGCUACGAGUACCUGGGAGGAGAGAGCGCCAUCAUGGCCGAGAUCAGAGGGAAACCAAUCGAGUCCAGCUGCGUGUACGGGACGUGCUGCCUGCGGGGGCGCUCCUACUCCAUCGGCUUCCUGCGCUUCUGCAAGCAGGCCACGCUGCAGUUCUGCGUGGUGAAGCCCCUCAUGGCCACCGUCACCGUGGUGCUGCAGGCCUACGGGAAGUACAAGGACGGAGACUUCAAUGUUGCCGGCGGCUACCUGUACGUGAGCAUCGUGUACAACGUCUCUGUCAGCCUGUCGCUGUACGCCCUCUUCCUCUUCUUCUUCGCCACCCGCCAGCUGCUCAGCCCCUACAGCCCCGUGCUCAAGUUCCUCAUGGUCAAGUCCGUCAUCUUCCUCUCCUUCUGGCAAGGCUUGCUGCUGGCCAUCCUGGAGAAGUGCGGGGCCAUCCCCCGCAUCAACUCUGACGCGGUGACGGUCGGUGAGGGCACGGUCGCCGCGGGCUACCAGAACUUCAUCAUCUGCGUGGAGAUGUUCUUCGCAGCACUGGCACUGCGCCAUGCCUUCACCUACACGGUGUACAUGGACAAGGGGCUGGAUGCCCAAGGCCGCUCUGCCCCCAUGAAGAGCAUCUCCAGCAGCCUGAAGGAGACCAUGAACCCGGGCGACAUGGUCCAGGACGCCAUCCACAACUUCUCCCCGGCCUACCAGCAGUACACACAGCAGUCCACGCUGGAGCAAGGGGCCCCGCCCGCCGUCCAGCGCGGCCACGGCACCGCGGGCGCCCGCGGCGACUCGGAGAAGACCCUGCUACUCAGCUCCGACGACGAGUUCUAGGGUGAAUCCACGGUAACCACGUUCCAGUGCUCCCGCCCCUUCUCCUCCUCCGUCACCAGCAGCAGCACAGCCUGAACUUGAUUCAACGGCUUUUAUUUAUGAAUGGAGAGACGAGUUGUGGGAGGCGGGCUUAUUUCCCCCGUGCUUCGUUUGGUUUGAUGAUAUGCACCUGUUCAUCGGGGAGGAUAGUUGUGCUUCCGUUUAGUUUGAAAAAAGAGAAGAAGAAUUACAGACUUUCACAGGAACGUGUCUGCCAAAUCUUUCCUUCGUAAGAACUUAUGUUCAGAGUUUCAGGAUUUUAUAUCAAUUUCACCAUUAAUUUCAAUUUCACAGAGAGAGGGAGAGAUGGUAGAACAAUAACAGAGGGGUAUCCCAGAGGGAGAGAGCCUCGAGGGGGUCAACAUGGGAGAGGAACUUGGAUGAAAACAUCUCUUGGCAAAGUAAUGGGUUUCUUUUCAUAGUUGACCGUCCUUUUCCAUUGGCUGAAAAGCUGCAGCCCUGGCGAAACAGCCUCACAUAUAAUAAAGGGGGCCAGAGAAGACAAAAGAGUGAGUAUCGCGAGAAUACAGGAGCUGGUGUGAGGGCAGAACUAGGUUAACUAGAUGGAGAUGGAGGAGUCUUCAUCAUCAGCCAUUUCAAUUGCUUGAGCUACCCAUAGAAAUCGGUACAUUUAUUUUUUAUCGGUAGUAUAACAUUUAAGUCUUUAAAUAUACAACAUAUAUUUAAAUAGGCCUGGAUCCCUUACAACUUGUUGUUUUAUUAAAGCUUAAGGGACCCAGUUGGCCUUUUUACUUAUACCAUGUAGCUGCUUUCUGAUGACUUAGCUGACCACCAGAGGGCAUCCCACACACAAAUACGUAUCUAUAAAAUUCACAUUAUCGCACUCGACACACUUGAAACCUGUAACACAGUCAACAGAAUAGGAAUGCAGUGUGUAAGCUGCUUCGUGUUUGUUGACACAUAUACUGCCCAAUUUACGUUGUUGGGAUUUUUCCCAAAAUGCCAGUUCAGAGACAUGGAGUAGAUUUGAGCCUUGCCUACUCACUGAAUUAAGUGAUUCUAUAUAUUUUGGGGGGAUUUUCAGUGUUUUCUACAAAACACAGUGAUUUAAGUAGGGUGAGACCUGAGAAUUAACAUUGUAUUCAAGGGUUUGUUACAAACGUCACAAAUGUUUUGUAUCAGAAAUAUAUUUAAAAUGUAGAUUUAUUACAAUAUGCAACAUUUCAGUCAUCUCUGCAUAUGGACGUUUAAAGGGAAUGCUUGAUGUUCUUGUCCUAUUUUUUUCAAGUGCAAUCAUUCUCUCCAUCUCUUCGUCAUGUCAAAGAUGGACAGACGAUUUCUGUUGUAAAUGUUUAAGCGCUGUCUUUAAAAGAAAAUGGUUUAGUCAUGUGUGAUAUAAUAUUGUAUGCUGUAAAGCGUUUAUAAAAAAGAACUUUUUUUUUUGCAUAUUAUUGAAAAGCAGCUCAUUUGAUGCCCUUUUAUUUUACGUUCAAAUGUUUAAACAAAACUAUCGGAAGAAAGAGAAUAAAGAUAUUUAGUUUUAUCUGUAACAGUGUUAAAGUGUUCUUUUUUUACAAAUGAAUGUAUGUUGCAAUUAUAAAGUUGUUUUUUUAUACGCAUUCACAGAACCAUACAAUUUCUGAUUACCACUAUUUAACAGAUGGGAAUUUUGACAAGUUACCGAACAUUAACGCAGCAAUUAUCAAAGUCAGAGUCAAAUGAACGCUUCCUGUAUCAGUCAGUUUUUUUAUAGCUCUUAUCAAUUGAUCACAUGAGCUUUCAAAGUUCUCUUUUUUUCAAUGCUUGUUUCCUCUUAGCCAACAGUGACUCCACAGUACAGCCUUAUCUACUAGCUGUGAGCUAUUAUCUUUGCAUUCUCAUCUAGUCCGCCUUGCAUCAAUUAAUGAAUUAUGUUUGUCACAAUGGUAGCUUCCACAUUUUACAGCCUUACGAGAUCUGUGGUUACAGUUAAGAAUAUUUAGUAAGAAGUAAACGAGAAAUAGCUAAACAGCUAGAUCCAUACUCAAGUCUUGGAUGUAGGCUCUUGAUAUCGAUAAAUCUCACUACAAUCUACAAUCACAACGAAUCAAUUGUAUGUACAAUAUAUACAACAUUUAUUUUAAUUAUUAAUAUAUAAAAUAGACAAUGUACUUUAAGUUUUUUUACCAUUGAAAAAAUACAUGUAAUAAAUACAAAGACCAUCUUUUUCGUUUUGCAGUAUUACAAAACAUCCAGCACAAUUUGACAGAUCUGAGACAAAAUAUUACUGAGAAUAAAUGCUAUGCAACAUCUGAUAUCAAUAUAGCUAAAUAUACGCCUCUUACAUAUAUAUAAUAAGGAGUAUCUGACAACACACUAUAAUGUGUUGCAAUGCCUGCUUUCCAAUGUCAUAUUGCUAGCCCUAUUUGAAAGGCCCAGUCCUCCCCUCCCAGCCUAGCGGAGCUUGGGUAGCAGUUUUUACUGAAAGACAACAGAUUAAGGUUUUCUAGUGAAUUAAGCACCACCUCCAUUACACCUUUCUACAUCAUGUCAUCUCUUCCUCACAUUCUCUAACCUUUUUCCUGCCGCCUCAACGCGCUCCACCAUCCUCAUUUCAACCCUCAUUCCAUCUUUCCCCUCUUCGCAAUCCCGAGACAUUUUGUUCACCGUUCAACUUUCCCCAUGACCUUGCUGUCAUGCCAAUUCAGAAAAGACCUUAAUUUUUUUUUCUCCAUAAAUAAACAAAAACAAACUUACACAUCAUAAAUCACCUCAGUACUUAAAUAAUGGUUUCCCCACAAGACGCCACUAUGAAAUCAGGACAAACGUGGCAAAUAUGCGCACACCAAGUAAAAAGUCCACAUACAGCAAACAUGGCCAUUGGCAUUUAGCAUUUUCUACUCUGCUCAUAACAGUUAACAUUUUGUAAUAAAAAAAAAUAACAGUUAUAGUAAUCAUCUUUAGUCAAAGUACAAUUAUUAGAGGUGAGAAUAAUCCCAAACUAGUCAUACAUCGCAAGUACUUUCAAAAAAACAAACAUAACAUCACAGCACUCAUUAGCUUGUCUUUUUUUUAUAAUAUCCAUUUUAAAUACAAAUAAAAUAUAGAUUAUAGCUCUGGUAAAUGUCUCUCGACAUUGUCGUCUUUCGCAGGUAAUUACAAAGAUUCGAAAAAGAAACAAACCAGAAAAGAAAAAUGGUAAUUUGGGACCGUUUUUGCUCUGAUUCAGCAUAACUUUUAGCAUGACGCAGUGCUUCAUAUUUCAAUGGCGGCCGUCACUUACUGACCAACAUCCGUCCAAGAUAAUUACGUUUUCGUUUAGUUUAGUUUUAAAUACAAAAGCCACAACAGACUAAACAUACAAUUAAAAGCACAGUAAUACCUAUGGACAGUGAAAGGGAGUACAAUGAAUCAGCACUUGGACAAUACUAGACUCCAUACAUAUAAACACAGAACGAAUUUGUGGUCUGGACCUCUUGAAACAAAAAACAAAAGAAAAUAUUGGGCAAUCCAUGAAUCAAACCCUCCUUCUCAACGGUUCCUUCACCCAUUCCUUCACCACUGAGUAUUGCUUGUCCAACCCAUACUAGAAGAGACUACUGAGACACACUGACAGCGAGAGAAUGGUUGUACAGUGUGUGGGGAAACUGAAGCGCAUAGUCUGGUCCGUAUUCAGCGAGUCGGUAUUCAUUCCUGUCUGUAUUUGAAAAAAA